AUGGCGAUGGUUCCAUCGAGGAUAUAUAUGUCACCAUCAUCUUCUUCUUCUUCUGUAAACAACUCGAAAUCGAAGUCAAACUCGUCAAACUCGGUGGCGCAAAGAAGACUUCAUUUCUGUCAACCACAUUUUGAACAAGAACAUACUAAAAAGAAGACGUAUAGGAGGAAGAAUUUCAGAACAAAAGCGAAUUUUGAAGACGACAACGACGACAAUUCUUCUGUGAAUAAUAAUAAUUCUUUCUUCUCUGGUGUCAAAUAUAUACAUAGUUUGCAAGAAAACGCGGAUACGUUUGUGAAGCACGUGCAAUCCUAUCGAAUCACUCGAGUCGUGGACGUCGACGACGACCAAAAACACCGAGAAGAAAAGAACCUCAGAACAACGACGAGAAGAAGAAGAAGAAGGAGCAAAAAUGACAUUGAAAUAGAAGAUAUGAUGAUUGAAGACGACAACGACGGAGAAGAAAAUUACACCCUCGUGUGCGCGCAAACGUACGAAACUGAUCGAGAAACGAGAGACUUGGUUUCCAUGGAAAUAGCGCAGAAAGGUGCGCUGCUCGGGUCGUUGAUGAUGGAGAAAGUGUUGGAGCGAGGGUGGUGGGACGACGCGACGGAUGCGCCAUCGGCAGGAAGCGCUAUGGAUACAUCUCCAAUGUUCGAAUUCCAAGCUUUGAAAAGAGAACAGAGACGAGAUUUAAGCGCAACUGUUCGCCAAGCGAUUGAAAAAGAGUUGGGUAGGACUGUCGAUUUCAAAGCGCUCGCGAAGAAUGUCAUCGAGAAGGUUUUCGAAGAAGCCUCCGGGGUAUUACCAAAUGAAAUUCUUUUGACGAAACGAAUGACGGAAGAUAUUCUGCGAGACGUGUGUGCUUCUCCGAAAGUCAGUCUGUAUAAGAACACGCUUUUGUAUCUGUCGGAAAACGAGGAGGAGUUUGCCAUCUCGUCUUCGAGAAGAGAUUUUAGCAUCCAAGCGGAGUUCGAAGCUAAAAGAGUCUCGUCAACGAAUACUAAUAAUUUGCACCCUUUAGCGGUGGUAACGUUGUCGAUCAUCGAGGAUAUGUCCGUUUCGCUUUCGGAGGGGAUUACGAAAGCCGUGUUAUCGACGAACGCUUUUGGUCUCGUCUCAAACUUGAAGUCUUCAAGAAUUUUGAACAAGUUUCGCAACCAACAGAGAUUUUCCAAGUUUCUCUUCGAUAACUAUCGGGACGUGGAAAACAUUUUCUCGGAUAGGUUUGAAUUGUACGGCUAUUACGCGGAGACGGAUCAAUUGAUCAAACGAACUCUCUUCAUGCAAAGAGUCAACGAGUUGGAGAAAUUAAGAGGUAUGCGAUACCUGGUUUCCAUCGUCCUCGAAGCCUUGGAUGUUUUCGUGCCCGUUUUGUUUCAGGCGUGGCGAAACGCGACUAAAGUAGCCACGUACCUCCUCAUGGUCGUCUUGGGGAGGAGUAUUGGGUUAGUGUAUCGAGGAAUUAAGGACGUAGUAGAUGAUUCGAGAAAUCGAAAUAGCGCGUUUUAA